UAUGUGAUUAUGAUUUAACAUAUUUUCAGUACAAUGGAGGGCGAUGAAAGCACUGGGGGCGCUGGCGCCGCUGCCGGCAGUGGUUCUGGAAAUGCAAAUUCAGAUAUACCCCCGGGAAUAACUGAUGAGAAAUCCAUUCAAAUGGCUAAGAAAUUCCCACCGGGAUAUCUAAGCACUAGUAAUGAACAAGAUCUUGAUCGAGAAUUUCAUAAGGCUAUUGUCAAACUGCAAUAUAAUGUUGACACAUUCGGAUUUCGUGAGAAAACUAUUGCAACCGAAUGGAUGAUAAAACUUCGGAACGUAAUUGCGGAACCAUGGGAGAAGAUCGUAAGAAAUCUAUUCUUGGAAUAUUUUUCAAAUUGCACUGGCGAUGUAUUUAAAAGUCCUCCAUUUAACAAAAAUUUACCGAGAGAAGCAUUAUUACAGAGUCACAUACAAAUGCUGCCAUAUCUAAAGGAUUACUGGGAUCAGAAUGAAACUGAAGAUGCUAGUAAAAAAUUUCUUAAAUUGGUUAAGGAGCUGUUUAGUAUAAGCGAAGACUUUACACACUUCUUGUGUCAAAUGCCUGUUCCUAGAGAUGGCGCAAUUUUCAUUAUGCGAGUAUUCACAAACAAAAAACAGCCACUCAGCUGUUGUGCAUGAAAUCCGCCCCUAUGUGCUUUCCACAACACUUCAUGUAUUCCUAAUAAAGUCACUGUUUGUACAAAAAUUUUA